GUUCAAGGAAAUAUGGCUGCGCACAUAAUCAGGACUACCAAACGACUUCUUCCACAGUGUAACAGGCAGCUCCAGUCUUCAGUCUGGCAGCUGUUUGGAGGAGUAUGUCGUCAUCACCACUGCUCGGGCCCCUCGCUGCGCUAUAUCCCGCGCAGAGCCGUCCUCUACUGCCCCGGCAAUGAUGAGCGAAAACUCAGGAAGCUGGCCUCGCUAGACGUCGACUGUGCCGUCUUAGACUGUGAAGAUGGGGUAGCCCUCAGCAAAAAGACAGAGGCGAGGGAGACCAUACCCAGGAUGCUGGUCGAGCUGGAUCUUGGCCGCACAGAGAAGUGUGUCCGGGUGAACUCAGUGUCCAGUGGUUUGGCUGAUGCUGACCUCCAAGUCCUUCUGCAGGCCCAGGUGCUGCCCCCCGCCAUCAUGCUGCCCAAGGUGGAGAACACAGACGAGGUGCAGUGGUUCUUUGACAGGUUUCAGCACCACUUGAAAGGCCGUCCGCUGACAGAACCCAUUCGCCUGGUCACCUUUGUGGAAACCGCUGUGGGCCUGCUCAAUUUUAAGGAAGUGUGUGAGAAAGUUCAUGAGCUCGCUCCUAAGGCCGGCCUGCAUCACGAUGGCGUGGUCUUUGGUUCAGAUGACUUCUGUGCCAGCAUAGGUGCUACCCGGACAAAAGACGCCAAAGAACUGAUCUAUGCCAGGCAGAAAGUGGUAGUGACCUGUAAGGCGUUUGGUCUGCAGGCCAUUGAUCUAGUCUAUAUCGAUUACAAGGAUGUGGACGGGCUGCGGCAACAGGCCCGAGAAGGAGCUCUCAUGGGAUUUACAGGAAAACAAGUGAUCCAUCCAGGGCAGAUUGCAGCAGUGCAGGAGGAGUUUUCUCCCAGUCCAGAGAAAGUCCAGUGGGCCACUGAACUCAUAGCUGCUUUUGAACAACACCAGAAGGAGGGGAAGGGUGCUUUCACAUUUCGUGGCAGCAUGAUCGACAUGCCGUCUCUGAAGCAGGCUCAGAACAUCAUCACAUUGUCCACGGCAGUGUCCAGCAAAUAAGUGAACUCCGAGGCUCCCUUGGUGACUUCAACGUUGAGUCCAGAGUUUGAUGGCGCUAUUUCCUGGGCUGCAUGCCACCAAGAGAGGUAUUCCCCCCACAGACAGGAAAGCAGAUCUCAAAGCAGAGGAAGUUGUGCAAGACUACAUACUGUGAUUAAGUACAAACUAAUAAUAGUAAUGAGGGUUACAAUGCCAAAACAUGCCCCUUUAAGGUAUCACAUGCAGUUGUUGUUAUCUUAUUGUCACAUUUCCUUGCUUCUAAAUUCUAUAUUACAUUUCUAUUCUGAGAGGAACUGGUUAGAACUCCUCAGUUUCUUCUUAAAGCUCACACCUUAUGUAAAUACAUUUCGCCAUUUCCCUCAGAGUGGUAGAUAAAUUACAAUUAACACGAUUAUAACCUCACUAAAUUGUGUCAGGAAUCAAUUAGGCUGGGAGCGGUGCGUUGCGCAGGGGCCUGUAAUGUGUUGCUUGAGAUUGCUUUUCAUAAGUGAUGAGGGGGAGAAGGCACGUAUGCAAAACACUGUCAGAGGAAAAUUAAAAUGAAAUGUUUUACAUAUUUUUCCAUUAAUCUAAAUGAGGCCCGUGUGGCUGGGAGUCUUUUUUUAAUUCGCGCCCGGGGAUGCCCAAUAAUAAUGACUUGAUGUUUUAAUAGACUUCUAAUGACGAUAUAUGACAAACUAAUUGCGCCAUAAGAAUAUUUGAAAGCCAUAAAAUAGCCUACAACUUCAUUGACCACGUAGAGAAGUAUACAAAACAAUGAUUUAAAUCGAAGAUCCUUUCAUAUUAAUUAAUGCUGUUUCAAUAUUGUAUUUCAUAUGAGCUAAAUCAAAUUAUUUUUUGGACUUAAUGUGUUCCAACUUAAUGCUGGCUCUUUUAUUAACUGUAUUUCCGGAAAUGUCUUCUCCUUUACGCGCACAAUAGAAUAAGAGAACUCUACCAAGUUAUUGUGGCCUGUCAACGUUAUUAUUUCCCUUUGAACGUAACUGAAUGGGUCUGUUUCAUUUUUUAAAAUUAAAAUAUGAAUAUGUGUCAACUAAA